AUGAAGGCACAUGGGUCUCUUCCCGAUAGGUACACUUACUCUUCUUUGAUUAAGGCCUGUUCAAGAAUGUGCAGAUCCUGCGAAGGAAAAUUGCUCCAUGGCUCGGCGUUGAGGUGUGGGGUUGAAGGUGAUAUGUUUGUUGGAACCUGUUUGGUCGAUAUGCAUGGGAAAUGUGGAAAGAUUGGUGAUGCUCGUAAGGUGUUUGAUGGAAUGUCUAAGAAGAAUGUAGUUUCAUGGACGGCUAUGGUGAUUGGCUAUGUGAAGGUUGGGGAUAUGGUGGAGGCAUGUAAAGCAUACGGGAUUGUCUUGGACUUUGGAGAUGGUGUCAGUCACACAAUUCCUAUCUAUGAAGGUUAUGCUCUUCCGCAUGCAAUCUUGCGUUUGGAUCUUGCAGGGCGUGAUCUCACCGAUGCCUUGAUGAAGAUCUUGACUGAGCGUGGAUACUCUUUCACGACAUCAGCUGAGCGUGAAAUUGUGAGAGACAUGAAGGAGAAGCUAGCUUAUAUUGCUCUUGAUUAUGAGCAAGAGCUAGACACUGCGAAGACUAGCUCAGCUGUUGAAAAGAGUUAUGAGCUACCAGAUGGACAGGUUAUCACAAUAGGAGCUGAAAGAUUUCGAUGCCUUGAAGUUCUCUUCCAGCCAUCCAUGAUUGGGAUGGAAUCUCCUGGAAUCCAUGAAACCACAUAUAAUUCGAUCAUGAAGUGUGAUGUUGAUAUUAGGAAGGAUCUAUAUGGUAACAUUGUCUUGAGUGGUGGUUCCAUUAUGUUCCCAGGCAUUGCUGACAGGAUGAGCAAGGAGAUUACAGCAUUGGCACCGAGUAGCAUAAAAAUUAAGGUUGUAGCACCACCAGAGAGGAAGUACAUUGUUUGGAUUGGGGACUCCAUUUUGGCAUCCCUUAGAACAUUCCAACAGGUAAAAAUAAUGCAUCACCAUAGUUACAUAGAGCAAAUCAUUAAAUAA